ACGGAUUCAACUGUAAACAGUCCCAUCCCAACAAUCCCAGCUCUAUCAAUGUCCUGCUCAUCCCACUCCAAUUUAUGAAUCCUGUCCCCUGUUUGUUUCUCGGGAAAAUUUUUCUCCCAUUAUGGCAAUGAAUUACGGCAUUCGAGGACCCAACUCUCUGAAUCUUCAUCUCUAGCCGUUCGUUUCACGAGGAAUUCAACAUGCGUCCUCUGCCAAUUGCAACUUCUGAGGGUGAGAAUUGAGGAACUCGAAACCCAUUUUGGGACGGCGAAAAAAGAUGAAGAUUCGAUUUCAUGAGGAGAAUUUCCGAUCUCUGGGAAGCCAAAAUUUCCCCAGAUCUUUUGUUUCUUUCAGAAUUGAGAGGUUCGUUUAAUCCCUAACACCGACCAUUGCCGCAAUGCAUGGCUACAGCCGCUUGAACACUUCGCGUUCCAGUGUCUCGUUGUCGCCGCCGGCCUCGCCUCGGCAUCGGCAACUGAGGAGUCGGAGUGGCAGUGAUAGUGGUAGCGGUACCGGCGGUUUUAGUGUUCGUGACCAGAAGCAGAGCAGCAUUAUGGAGAAAUUGGUUUUUCUUAUUUUGUCGGCGGUGUUUAGAAGGAAAGGGCUACUUCUGUUUGCCCCCUUGUUGUAUAUUUCAAUGAUGUUAUUGUACAUGGGCUCCUUGAAUUUCGAUGUUUCCAUUUCCAAUCUGAAAACCAGGGUCGUUUCAGUUAACAAACGCCCUCCGCCGGGGUCUGUGUAUAGGAGUCCUCAGGUUUUUGAGAAGCUCUGGCCUUUCAUGGAAGCUGAGAGCCGAAAUAGUACCACACAUGCGUUGUCAACUGCAUGGAAUUCGAGAGUGCACCAUGUUUGGAAACCAUGCAUCAGUAGAAGCACUAUGACAGAGUUGCCGAAGUCAAAUGGUUUUCUCAUCAUUGAAGCCAAUGGUGGUUUAAAUCAGCAGAGGUUGUCGAUAUGUGAUGCAGUUGCAGUGGCUGGACUACUGAAUGCUUCUCUUGUCAUUCCAAUAUUUCAUUUGAAUAGUGUUUGGCGAGAUUCAAGCAAAUUUGGUGACAUUUUCGAUGAAGAUUUUUUCAUACAAGCAUUAAGCAAGCAUGUUAAUAUUGUGAGAGAGCUCCCAGCUGAUGUGCUGCAGCAGUAUGAUAAUAAUAUAAGCAGUAUUGUGAACUUAAGAGUAAAAGCAUGGUCAAGCCCAAUGUACUAUUUGCAUAAAGUCCUUCCGAAGCUCUUGCAAUUGAGGGCUGUAAGGAUUGCCCCAUUCUCUAACCGGUUGGCUCAUGGAGUUCCUUCAGAUGUUCAAGCACUUAGAUGCUUAGCCAAUUUUGAAGCUUUGAGGUUUGCAGAAUCUAUAAGAGUGCUGGCAGAUCUCAUGGUUUAUCGAAUGAUAAAAAAAAGCUCUCAGAGUGGAGGAAAAUAUAUUUCUGUGCAUCUUCGGUUUGAAGAGGAUAUGGUUGCAUUCUCGUGCUGUGAAUAUAAUGGUGGAGAAGAAGAGAAGCAUGAGAUGGACCUGGCUAGAGAAAGGAGCUGGAGAGGAAAAUUCAGAAGAAGGGGGAGAGUAAUAAGGCCUGGUGUUAAUAGGGUGGAUGGAAAAUGUCCUUUAACCCCACUGGAGGUCGGAAUGAUGCUUAGAGGAAUGGGUUUUGAUAAUACAACUUCCAUAUAUGUUGCAGCAGGAAAAAUUUAUAAAGCAGAGAAGUAUAUGGCUCCACUUAGGCAGAUGUUUCCACGUUUAGAAACGAAAGAUACUAUAGCUACUAAGGAAGAACUUGCUCCAUUCAAGGGCCACUCUUCUAGAUUGGCUGCUCUUGAUUACACAGUAUGUCUUCAUAGUGAAGUCUUUGUCACAACUCAAGGUGGAAAUUUCCCCCACUUUUUGAUGGGUCACAGGCGCUAUAUUUAUGCCGGACAUGCAAAGACAGUCAAACCAGAUAAGAGGAAACUAGCGUUAAUUUUUGAUGAUCCUAAUAUACGAUGGCAAAACUUCGCUCAACAAAUGCAAGACAUGCUUCGCCACAACGAUCAAAAGGGAAUGGAAAUGAAAAAGCCCAGUGGAUCGUUGUAUACGUUUCCAAUGCCAGAUUGCAUGUGCAAAGUACCCAACACGAAGAACCAUGAUUAAGCUUUUGGACAUACAGAUUUUUUUUUGGUCUGCAAAGGUACACAUUUUUCUUUAUACCUAUAGUUUUUGCAUCGUAUUAUAUGCAAUUGGAACACAUAAAUAUUCUUUGAUGUAAGUCGAAAGGAUAGUUUUGUAGGCUGUGAUUGAGUGGGGUCAUUUUAGCAGCUGGAUUUGGUUCACUGACACAGAAAAUUCAUUGUAUAUGCAAAAAAACAUUACAUUCUGAUGUCAAAUGAUUUGAAGAUAUUAUUCUUUUUACACAUCCACAAUGUUUCUGUCCCUCACAGUAGCAGGUGCUCUAUGUGCAACCAUUUUGUUGUCUUAGCUGUCUCUUAGCUAAACCCACAUGGUCAACAACCAAUAAAGUAUAACACAUGUUGAUGACUCUGUUUUCUUUUUAUGAGUUUGGCAAGGAGGGAAAAGAGAGAGAGGGAGGAAAAAAAAAAAGAAAAGAAAACAAGACCAAUCAGAAUUUCAUCACCCCAUAAACUUUACAAGUCAUUACACAAGUCCAAUUAGCAAUUCUUCAUGCUCUUCAUGUAAAUGGUCUCCCACGUUUCCCCCUAAUUAACAAACUAGGUCGUUAUCCUUUCUUUAUGGCUCAGUUAAAUGUGAACACUCGACAAGUGUUAAGAAUAUAUAGAAAAGAUUAAACUUGUCCUAGCACAAAAAUUUAUACUUAAAUCAGAAAAGGGAGUUUUAAGUCCAAGUUCCUGCAUAUGCUUAGUUCAGUGUUGUUGAAGUUUCUAUUAUAAUAUUAGGGUUUAUUGGUAAAUUAGAAUCUCUUGUAAUUUAAUUUAUUUUUUGUUCUAUAAAUGAUAGAACAUCUUAUACAUGAACUUGACUCAAAAGUCUCGAGUUCAAGCUCUUAAGCUUAUUUUUUAAGCUCGAACUUCUAUAAUGUCACAGUUGUUUAAUUUCACAUUAAUAGUUGAAUACUGUAUGUUAUGCUAGCUAGCGUUAAUAAGUUUACAAGUGAAGGAAUAACACGGAGAACAUCUUAAUUUAUCGACUUAAACUUUUGGACUUGUAGUAAUUUGGUACAAACUCUAGGUCAGCUUCUUUCAUUUGUAUGAAUCCAAGAACGUGAACAUCUAGAAUGUUGAAAUUGUGAAACCCAAUUGGGUUGAAAAAUAGAAUUUGGUGAGAGGUUUUUCAAGUAACUGAAGAAAAGUUGGAAAGAAAGAUUAGGGGAAUUUGUUUGUAUGUAUUUGAAAGUUUGUGAGCCAAAAAAAAAAAAAAAAAAAAA